AUGUCUGCCAGAUUUACUCGCCUCAUCCGCUUCUUGGCCAAGGAUGGCCGCACAUAUUACGGCGAUGCCAUCUUGCCUCAGGGCGUCAGUGACGUUGCCAAAGCUCAGCGCGCCCGUAUCGUCGAGGGUGACAUCUUUGGCAAAUAUAACGUGACGGACCAAGAAGUUGGCGUACGCCUGCUGCUGUCCCCCUUGGCACAGUCUCACGUCAAGACAGUUCGAUGCUUGGGGCUCAACUACGCCAAACAUGCCAAAGAAUCCAACUUGCCAGAGCCCAAAUACCCCGUCUUGUUCUACAAGCCCAUCACAUCUCUCUCCGGCCCCGUUGACCCCAUUCCUGUCCACCCAAUGGCGCAGGAGGGAACCGGCCUGGACUACGAAUGUGAGCUUGUCGUGGUGAUUGGCAAGAGAUGCACAGAUGUGUCCGAGGCCGACGCGCUCGACUAUGUGUUGGGAUACUCCAUUGGCAACGAUGUGUCUCACCGAGACUGGCAGCUCAAGCACGGAGGAAGCCAGUGGUCUAUCGGCAAGGCCUUUGACGGCUGGGCGCCCUUUGGUCCAGCCAUUGUCACGGGCGAUGUCGUCAAGGAUCCCCAGAAUCUGAAAAUCUGGACCAAAGUCAACGGACAAACCGUCCAGGACGGAAACACGGCAGACCAGAUCUUCAGCGUACGACAAAUGAUAUCCUUCCUCAGCCGCGGCGUGACUCUGUUGCCAGGAGACGUCAUCUUCACGGGUACGCCCGAAGGUGUAGGAAUGGGCCGGAAGCCCCAGCUGUGGCUCAAGGACGGAGAUGUCGUCGAGGUUGGUCUUGAGAGUGUCGGCACGUGCACCAACAAGGUGGAGUUUGAGGCUCCCAAAGCUAAAAUCUAG